CGUUGUCAGGUGUAGACCAUCAGAUCCUUAUCUUCCUUCGCCUUUCUCUCUCUGUCUCUCCUUUUCUCUCACUAGGAAGUUCCUCUUCUUCUUCGUCUUCCUCGGGCACUCGAAGCUGCGGUACAGAGACAGAGAGAGAGAGAGAGUAGAGUUUCGGAGGUACAUCAAUGGCGAAUUGGUCUCAUGGGUUGCAGUGAUCGAGGUCCCUUUGUACUGUUGGGUUGUAGAAUAGUGCGAUCUCGGAGCGUGGCUUAGGGUAUGGGGUAGUGUGGAAUCGUAUGGAAGGUUCGGAGGAGACGUCGGGGUGGGGGCGGCUCUCCACCUCGCGUGGUCCCCCCUCCGCCGCCGCCGCCGCCGCCUCUAGCGGCGGCGCCGAGGGUUUCUUAACCCAACUGGCCCCCUCCCUCGGCGGCGGAAGCGCGGCGGCGGCGGCGGCGGGGGCGGCGGCGGCGGCGGCGGAGGAGGAGGAGGAGGAAGAGGAGGAGGACGUCGAAGGCCACUGCGAGAUCAGCCUUAGGGAGUGGCUGGAUCGCCCCGGCCGCUCCGUCGACCUCCUCGAGAGCCUCCACGUGUUUCGCCAGGUGGUGGAGGCGGUGAGCCUCGCGCACGCCCAGGGCGUCGUCGUCGGCAACGUGCGCCCCUCCUGCUUCGUCCUCUCCCCUCUCAACCGCGUCUCCUUCAUCGAGUCGGCGUCGUGCUCCACGUCGGGCUCCGACUCCUGCGAGGAAGCCCCCGCGGGACCCUCGCCCUCGCCCUCGCCCUCGCCCUCGCCCACGGAGACCGCUUCCGAGAAGGCGGAGGAGGCCGAUGAGGCGGCGGCGGUGAGUAAGGCAUUUCCUCUGAAGCAGAUACUGCUGAUGGAGUUCAAUUGGUACACCAGCCCCGAGGAGGCGAGCGGCGGCCCGAGCACGUUUGCGUCGGAUAUAUAUAGAUUGGGCGUUCUCCUCUUCGAGUUGUUUUGCACCUUUGGUUCUCUUGAAGGGAAGCUGACAACAAUGGCGAACUUGCGACACCGUGUGCUUCCGCCGCAGCUUCUGCUUAAUUGGCCCAAGGAAGCCUCGUUUUGCCUUUGGUUGCUGCAUCCUGAGCCGGAUCCUCGGCCGAAGAUGAGUGAGGUUCUACAAAGUGAAUUCCUUAAUCAACCAAGGGAUAGUUUAGAAGUGCGUGAAGCAGCAAUCAGGUUAAAAGAGGAGAUGGAAGACCAGGAAUUACUGCUGGAAUUUCUUUUAGAAUUGCAGCGGAGAAAACAGGAAGUCGCAGAUAAAUUGCGUGAUACGGUUUCCUUUCUUUCCACUGACAUAAAUGAGGUUCUCAAUCAGCGGUCAAUUCUCAGGGAGAAAGAAGGCUUCUGCACCGAGUUGGAUAAAGAUGAGCUUUCAGCUGUUGAUAGGUGUGAUCAAUCAUUGAAUGAAGAUCCAUUCUGCUGUGGUUCCAGGAAGCGCUUCCGACCACAGCUACUGCCUUUUGAUAUAGAGGAACCCAGCAAGAAUCUUGGUGAAGGCCCUAGCUCGGGGACCCACACGAGAAUUGAAGAAAAUAUACUGUCGAAAAGUUCAAGAUUGAUGAAGAACUUCAAAAAACUCGAAGUAGCUUACUUCUUAUCACGAUCUCGGUUUAUGGGACAAGUCAAAAAUCCGAUUAACAGCUGUUGUACGGUCACUAAUACUGGUAGAGGUUCAGUUACUGGUACCGAGGGGAGUUCGGUUGGUGAUUUGACUUCUAAGGAAGGUCCUUACGGUAGGAGGCAGAAUGAAUGGAUAAAUCCAUUUUUCGAGGGUUUAUGCAAGUAUUUGUCAUUCAGCAAGUUUGAAGUUAGGGCUGACUUGAAGCAAGGUGAUCUUCUAAGUUCGUCGAAUUUAGUAUGCUCAUUAGGGUUUGAUCGGGAUAAGGAUUUUUUCGCAACAGCUGGUGUAAACAAGAAAAUCAAAGUUUUCGAUUGUAAUAUGAUUCUGAACGAAGAUCGUGAUAUUCACUAUCCAGUAGUUGAGAUGUCUAAUAGAUCGAAACUAAGCUGUAUCUGCUGGAACAACUAUAUGAAGAGCCAGAUAGCUUCGAGUGACUUCGAAGGUGCUGUACAGGUUUGGGAUGUUACGAGAAGCCAAGUUUUUGUGGAGAUGAGGGAGCAUGAGAGGCGGGUAUGGUCAGUCGACUUUUCACUUGCGGAUCCCACAAAGUUGGCCAGUGGAAGUGACGAUGGUUCAGUGAAGCUGUGGAAUAUCAAUAAGGCAAUUCUAUUCUUGCACCUGGCUGGAAGCAUUGGUACUAUCAGAACAAAGGCGAAUGUUUGUUCCGUCCAGUUUCAACCUGAUUCAGCGCGCUUCCUUGCGAUUGGUUCGGCCGAUCACAAAAUCUACUGCUAUGAUCUUCGUAAUUUGAGGAUACCUUUUUGUACACUAAUUGGUCACACGAAGACUGUAAGCAAUGUGAAGUAUUUAGAUUCAUCGACAAUUGUAUCGGCAUCCACCGACAACUCUUUGAUGCUCUGGGACUUGUCGACGAGUCAAUCGAGGAUAAUAGACAGUCCACUUCAGACAUUCACAGGGCACACAAAUAUAAAGAAUUUUGUUGGACUUUCAAUUUCUGAUGGGUAUAUUGCUACUGGCUCUGAAACAAAUGAGGUGUUCGUCUACCACAGAGCUUUUCCGAUGCCGGUCUUGUCAUACAAAUUCAAUGUCACAGACCCGUUAUCUGGCGAGGAAGUCGAUGAUCCAUCGCAGUUUGUUUCUUGCGUGUGCUGGCGUGGCCAAUCUUCGACAUUGGUCGGUGCAAAUUCCAGUGGGAACAUCAAGCUCUUGGAGAUGGUAUAAUCUCAUUACAAGUCAAUGGUGAGUAAUCUUAAGAACAUUGUGGCCACAUUGGCUUGAUGAGGUGCAUAACAAUUUUAUCUUGUCUCAUAAUGUUAUAGGAGAAAGUGAUAGGAAAAUGUACCAUAAAAAAGUAAAGAGGAGGGAAAAUGGGGGACUCUGAGGGAAUGGCUAUGUAAAUCAUUGGUUGAGGUAUAUAUAUAGUAGUCAAUCAGAUGAGUUUUUUUCUUUUUUUUUUUCUUUUUCCCCCCUUAUAAUCAGUUGCGUUGAUUUACGUAGUUUCUGAUUCAAUUGCCAUUUGAAAUUUUUUUGGCUUCUCAGUGUUGAGUUUUUGAGAUAAUUUUUUUUUUUUGAACAAUUUUUAGUUUUUAGUUCUUUUUUUGUUUUUUUUCCCCCUUCUUCGUGCACUGGUUUCAAGCUAUUGAUACUUUGCUGAUAUGAAUGUUUAUUUGUCGAUUAUGAAUCAGAUUGCGAACUUUU